AAAUUGAAACGCGAAUUCAUUACUCAGUUCUCAAUAUAAUCAUCUACGCGUGGUUUACUAUUUCAAUCUUCAUAUCUUGCUUCACCUCAACCCAUCCCUCUCACUUCUCCUAUACCUUCUCUUCAUUCUUUUGGUGCACACAAAAAUGAAACUUGUCCUUCACCCAUCUUCCGUUUUCAUAUUAUUGAUCACUUGCAUCAUCUCAACCAAUAUUCGAACAUGUCUUUGUGAUGAUGAUAGCCACUACACCAACUGCAAUAAGGCUUUCAAUUGCGGAAGUAGCAUCACAGACCUCAAAUACCCAUUUUGGGGAGGCAACAGAGAAAAGUAUUGUGGUGAUCCUGAAUUGGAGGCACUCGCAUGCGAAGAAAAUGUCCCCAAGAUAAACAUCAGUGCCAUCAACUACCGUAUUCUGGGUUGGGAUAAUACAACAAACCAACUCACUGUGGCUAGGGACGAUUACUGGGAUAAUAUCUGCGUGAGUGAUCCUAAAAACAACACGUUUGAUAACACCCCGUUUCAGUAUGAUAAUGGUCUGCUUGAGAACGUGACACUGUUUUAUGAUUGCCCUUCAAUGCCAAAUAUGAAUCCGUAUUCUCAAAACUGCGGUUCUGGUAAAUUUGUCUACUACGUUCUGGGACCUUCGUACCAGGUGGGUUCAUGCACGAUUGUGGUGAUUCCAAUUUUUAAUUCCAAUACUUCACUUGUAACUACCAAUAGAGUAAGCGAUGCAUUAGAUAACGGUUUUGGGUUGAAAUGGACGGGAAAUUAUGAAGCGUGCAAGACAUGCACUGAUUCUGGUGGAGAGUGUGGCUUUGACGGAGAAUUCAAAUGUUUCUGCAAGGAUGAACCUCAUACAAUUUCAUGUUCUGACACGGAAAAAAAAAGCUCUAGCAAAGUUGGUGUUGCAAUAGGCGCUAGUCUAGGAGUUGUAGCCCUUGUUGCCAUUCUUGGCUGUGUGUACUUUAUUGUGCGAAGAAGAAGAAACAAUGCUGAUAAAUCAAGAAGCAAGGACCACUUCAUGGCUCCUUCAAGCAGAGACGCUUUAACAUCUACAACUAAUACGUCUCGAACUGUCUCUUCUUACCCGUCUUCCAAGUCUGAAAUAGUGCAAAGGAGUUCCUACUUUGGUGUACAAGUCUUCACCUAUGAUGAACUAGAGGAAGCUACCAAAAAUUUUCACCCUUCUAGAGAACUUGGUGAGGGAGGUUUUGGCGCUGUUUACAAAGGUGAACUCCAAGAUGGACGUGUGGUUGCAGUGAAACGCCUUUAUGAAAGCAAUUUCAAACGUGUUGAGCAGUUCAUGAAUGAAGUUGAGAUUCUAGCCCGGUUAAGGCACAAGAACCUUGUGACACUCUUUGGAUGCACCUCUAGACGUAGCAGAGAACUUCUCCUUGUUUAUGAAUUCAUACCUAAUGGAACAGUGGCUGAUCAUCUACAAGGAAACAGAUCAAAAUCAAGUUUUCUCCCAUGGCCAGUGAGAUUGAACAUUGCAGUAGAAACAGCUGAGGCACUAGCUUACCUUCAUUUAUCUGAUGUCAUACACCGUGAUGUUAAAUCCAACAACAUUCUCCUAGAUGAUAAAUUUCAAGUCAAGGUUGCUGAUUUUGGUCUCUCAAGGUUGUUCCCAAACCAUGUCACUCAUGUCUCAACUGCUCCACAAGGAACACCAGGUUAUGUUGACCCUGAGUAUUAUCAAUGCUACCAACUCACUGACAAAAGUGAUGUUUAUAGCUUUGGAGUGGUCUUAGUUGAGCUUAUAUCAUCAUUACAAGCUGUGGACAUCAACAGGCACCGCAAUGAUGUGAACUUAGCUAACAUGGCCAUCAAUAAGAUUCAGAACCAGGAAUUGCAUGAGUUGGUUGAUCCUUAUCUUGGAUUUGAAAAGGAUUACGCUAUAAGGAGGAUGACAACAGCAGUGGCAGAAUUAGCCUUUAGGUGCUUGCAGCAGCAAAGAGAGAUGAGACCCUCCAUGGAUGAGGUGGUGGAGAUCUUGAGAGGAAUCAAAAGUGAUGAACUUGGUGAAAGGGAAGAGGCAGUAGUAGUGGAUGUUAGAACAGAUGAUGUUAUACCUUUGAAGAAGGUUGCUUGCCCAGUUUCACCUGAUUCUGUUGUUGAUAAAUGGGUUAGCGGCUCCUCUGUAUCUAAUUCCUCAUAGUCUUUUUAUUUUGGUGAAGAAGACUUAGAUUAGAUUGUGAAACUGUGAAACUACUGUACUACUACCACUGCUGGUCUCAAUGAGCUAGUUCAGAAGUCGUAGCCUUGACAUCUCUUUUCCCUAAAAGCUACUGUUUUAUACUUUUAUUUCCGGCCUUUAUGUUACGAUCAUAAUUGAUAAUAGUAGCUAUGAAAGGGUGAAUUCACUGUUGAUUCAAGACAGGUAAUAUGCAUAGGGGAGAGAGAGAGAGAGAGAUAACAUAUAUUUGUAGUGUAAAUAUUCCCAUAUCGUAGUGUUGUGAUGUAUUUGUGAAAAUAUACAUAAAACUGUGUUAAAUAUAAAGGUUACAGAUAGGAAAAUAGUUAAAUCAUGACAAGUGCUGAAUUUCCCUUGUUUUUACUACAGCCAAAGGAGACGCUAAGAAGAACAGCUUAACCACACGUAUGCACGGCCAGAGAGUUGUUAUUUUUUAAUCAAGAUUCAGAACAACAUUUUCAGGUAGGCUCAGAUACUGUAUGAUACAUACAAACAUGCAUGUAGUGGAGAACGUUUAGGCCAAUUUAUUCAGCUACUAUUGUGUACUCAAUAGCCCUUGCCAAGUAUUUAAUAGAUGGUUAGAGUCCAUAUAAUGCAGUUGUGAUCAUAGACUUGUGUUCAGGAAUUAGGGCCACAUUAAGCAGCAUUUUUGUAAGUAUAUAUAUAUAUAUAUAUAGUAAUCAGUUGG